CCCUGAUUUAACAAUCGCCCUCCGCUCCAAGAAGAGCUAAUGCCUGGAAGCAAACCUGAGUGUAAAGACACCGUAUCCUCUCGGCCUUUGUGCCCUGGGAUGUUUACAUAGGGUCUCGGAGCUCACCGCGAAUCCCCGGGGCUGCUUCCCGAGGGCAGCGAGAUGGCUUGGCUUUCCAGGUACUGCCUGGCCGCCCCCCGUCCUCAUCUUCUGAAGCUGUUAGAGAGCCCCACUGGCCGGGGAUAGGCGGGACGACGGGAUGGCCUCUCGGCGCCCUCUGGACGUCGGCAUUUGUCGCGGGGCAGCUGGGGCGCCCUCGGCUGUCGCCCCAGGCGGAGGAGAGGAGUUUCCGGGGCUCGGAUCCCUGCAGCCAGCGCCUGGAAGGAGCGCGGAAGCGAGUGGGCGGCGAGAGGCGGAGCAAGGGAUGCGGGGGGGCGUGGACGCGGCCGGCUUUGGAAAGGCCCCAAGUUAAUGAGGCGUGCGCCGGCGGCAGAGCGCCUUUCCGAGCUGGGCUUUCCCCCGCGGUGCGGGCGCCAAGAGCCGCCUUUUCCGCUGGGUGUCACUCGGGGGUGGGGGAGAUGGCUCAUUCAAAAGCGCCGUGAGGGGGCCCGGCCAGUGCCCUUCGGUGAGCGCUCGCAAGAGGACGGCAGAGGCCCGGAGGUUCGCAGCUCCGGGACCUUGUGGCGCAUCAGGACGCGGCUGCCGGCUUGCCGGGACCCUGAGCCGCCGCCUCCGCCACCGCCGCUCUGCUUCCUGCGUGUUAGCCUCCUCUGCGCGCUCCGGGCGGGCGGCCGCGGGAGCCGCUGGGGCGAGGACGGCGCGCGGCUGCUGCUGCUGCCCCCGGCUCGGGCGGCUGGAAGUGGAGAGGCCGAGCCGAGCGGCGCUCCUCCCUAUGCCGGGAGGAUGUUGGAGAGCAGUGGCUGCAAAGCGCUGAAGGAGGGUGUGUUGGAGAAGCGCAGCGACGGGUUGCUGCAGCUCUGGAAGAAAAAGUGCUGCAUCCUCACCGAGGAGGGGCUGCUGCUUAUCCCGCCCAAGCAGCUGCAACACCAGCAGCAGCAGCAACAGCCCGGGCAGGGGCCGGCCGAACCGUCCCAACCGGGAGGGCCGUCCGUGGCCAGCCUCGAGCCGCCAGUCAAGCUCAAGGAAUUGCACUUUUCCAACAUGAAGACCGUGGACUGCGUGGAGCGCAAGGGCAAGUAUAUGUACUUCACUGUGGUGAUGGCCGAGGGCAAGGAGAUCGACUUUCGGUGCCCGCAGGACCAGGGCUGGAACGCCGAGAUCACGCUGCAGAUGGUGCAGUACAAGAACCGUCAGGCUAUCCUGGCGGUCAAGUCCACGCGGCAGAAGCAGCAGCACCUGGUUCAGCAGCAGCCCCCACAGCCGCAGCUUCAACCCCAACCCCAACCCCAACCCCAGCCUCAGCCCCAGUCACAGUCUCAGCCGCAGCCCCAUCCCAAGCCUCAGCCCCAGCCCCAGCCCCAGCCCCAGCGUCAGCCCCAGCCUCAGCCCCAACCUCAGCAGCUCCACCCGUGUCCGCAUCCGCAUCCGCACCCACACGCGCACCCGCACCCACAACAACUACCGCACUCGCACCAACAGCCGCUCUCGCAGCCGCACGGCCACCGGCUUCUCCGCAGCACUUCCAACUCUGCCUGAAGGGGGCAGCACCCGGGCCAGACAAGGUUUUGAGAACUUGAGGAAGUGGGACGAGCACCUUUCUAUUGUCUUCACUUGAAUGGAAAACAAAAGUCUCCCCGCCCCGCACCAGAUCAAGUAGUUUGGACAUCACCCUGCUGAUAACUUGAGAUUCCUCUCCUCUUAGUUUUCUGCAUACUCUUCAUCACGAUGCAGGAAACGGCUUCAGUCCAGAAGGCUUUAUUUAUGAACCUUUGAAAGGAUCUUCCAGUAUGGUGGACCUUCUAGGAGCAAUGAUGUACUGUAAUUUUAUUUUAAUGUAUUUUGAUUUAUGAUUAUUUAUUAGUUUUUUAAAUGCUUGUUUUAAGACAUUUCUGAAUGUAGGCCAUUUUCCAAAAAAGUUUAUUUUUAAAAACUUAUUCCCUAGUAAAUUCUAAUCUUGGAAAAGAAAAAAAAUGUAGAAGGGCGGUGGAGGGGAAAACAUUAAGAAUUCAUUCAUUAUUCCUAGGGCAUUUUCAGAAGGUCUGACACUUUCAUUGUUAUGCCAGGUGGUUCAAAUUAAACUCUGUGAUAUUACUUUUUUUUUUUUUUGAGAUUUUUUUCCCCCUUAGGCAUAUAUUUUCUAUAGAGUAGAAGUUUAAAAAAACUAAAUGUUCAGAGUUAUAUAACUACGAAAAUCUAAUUGCUUUUCUAAAAGGAAGUUCAUGGUAAUGACAUCUAAUCCCAAAUAUUUAAUACGUAACCCAACUGAUGGCAAGAUGAGCAUAUCAUGAAUAUAUGGUAGGGCUGGUGUAAUGCGGGAAAAGCCUUGCUUAUAUCAUCUGUUUGAAGGGACUAAUAAGAGAUGUCUGUGAUUUCUGAAUAUGAAUGCAUUAGGCUUUUCAAAAAACACAGUGGGGGAAAAAGAGAACCAUUCAGCUUGUUUGAGAACAUUUGUGCUCUUAUCCACACUAGAGAUUACCCUUCUCCAAGAGCUUUGCACAGUCUACUUGAACCACAUUUUCUGACCCUUUUACUGUAUUCUAGAAAUAUACUCUAGAAUCUCAUACUUUAAUAUAUAGUUUGUAAAUAUUUCGAAGGACUAAGAGUCAUAGUUUUUUUUGUAUUCAUACUGAAAAUAUUGUUGAUUAGAGAAACCAAUUGUUUUGCUUUUUAUUGCUCUUUGAGAAAUUUGAGGGUUCUAUGUUUUGUAGUUAGGUUAACUAAACUCAAAUUGAAAAAGGAAGGGCUGGAUAAACACUGGAUUUUCAGUGAGAAAACAACCCAGUCUUGUUUUAGCAGUUCAGGAGUCUGAGGGGUGGGGUGGAGGGGGAAGGAUGUGCUUUUAAAGGUGGAACAAACCCUCUUCUGUGUCAAAUCAAAAGGAUGGUCAAAAUCCACAAGGGCAGAUGCUACUUAAGCUUAAAAAGAGCCAUAGUUGAUACCAAAUCCUCUUGGGGCUGAAAAUCACUUCCUAUCUGCAUGGCUUUCCUGACGAUCUCUGUUUUCCAUUAUCUUUUCAACAAAGUCUUGAUCAGUAUUUUUCCAGCAUCCAAAUUGGAAUGGUCAGUAUUAGGUUAUUGCUAAGUUAGGUAGUACAGAAACAAAAAUAGAAUUUCAUGCUAGAGAUGUCUUUAUUCUUCCACCUAAAAGAGUUUAGAUCAAAUUACUUUUUAGUGCAAUAUUUAAAUGAUGAAAUUUUGAGAUCACAACUCUAGUCUGAAAAGUUGUGGGGGAAAAAGAAAACUGAGGCAAAUGACAAGCAAAACUUAAUAGACUCCCACUUCCAGUGGGCCACAGUUAUGAAAAUAUGGCCACAGUUAUGAAAAUAUGCUACAAAUGUUAGAAACACACACACACACAUAUAUGGAUAUAUAUGACGGGCAGUUCCGACAGCAAACCUGAAGAGUUCUUAAGUCAAGUGUGGUUUGGCUUCUCUGGAACCACAGCUGUGCUUCUUAGAUAAUGCUCAUUGUACUGUUGUUUUAAUAUAUGCAGAUCAUAUAACCUCCAAUUAAACCAUAGUUUUUUCUUUCAUGUUUUUGUGCUAUUAAAAAAAAAGUAAAAUCCAUACCAAAUAUUUUAAAAAUUAAGAUUCGUGUGGGCUUUUAAAAGGCAUUUGUAUGGUGUUAGCUGACAUAGGCUAGGUAGUGUUGUUGAAAAAAAUAUGCCCAGGUUCCCUCGUGGCUACUGGAAUUUCUUUUCUGUGCCCUCUUGCCCCCCCAUGACUGUGGUGGUUAUUGGGGCCACCAGAAUCAUGGUUCCUUAUCUUGUCUUUCCACGGCCCAUAUUCCUUGGUCGGCUGUGAUUUGUGGUUGAUUUGACCCUCUUAGUGGCUCUCUAGUCUGAACUCCUCUUAGCAUUUAUUUACCUGUGAAACCUCAGAAAUUAGAAAGGAGAGGAAUAGGAUGUUUUUUGUUGUUUGACACUUUGAAAUGAUUAUGGCUGAAUCUUUUUUUUUUUUUUUUCAGAACAACAACAAAAAAAGCAUG